CAGUCUGGCGGCGGUGGCGACCAUGGGGAAAGUUCAGGAGUUGAGUGUCGCCCUGAAGAACAACAAAGUGGUUUACAGCCCUGGCGAGUUCAUCACCGGCGAAGUGAGGAUCAAGCUGGCCGCGCAUCUCAACUUCAAAGCUUUAAAAGUGAACUGCAUUGGAUCAUGUGGUGUUACCAACAAAUCAAAUGACACAGUAUGGCAGAUGGAAGAGCAGUAUUUCAGCAGCACACUUGUUGUUGCAGACAAAGACUCCGAUUUCACAGAAGGCGGGAGAUUGGCCACUAAGAUCCCUGAUAGCUGGAGAGUAUACUUAUCCCUUUCAGUUUCUUCUUCCCGCAACUGCUCCUACUUCAUUUGAAGGUCUCUUUGGGAAGAUAAGCUAUCGCGUCAAAGCUACAGUAGAAACUGCACGAUUCUCAAAAGACUAUAAAGCUGAGAAGGUGUUUUACAUUCUUAAUCUCCUGAACCUGAAUGAAAUCAGUGACAUUGAGCAACCAAAUGUAAUAUCUAUGUCCAAGAAGUUUAGCUACAUGCUUGUCAAAAGUGGAGUUGUGGCUUUAACAGUGAGCACUGAUCUUAAGGGAUACACUUCAGGGCAGAUCAUACAGCUUACGACAGCCAUCCGAAACCAGUCUGGGAAGGAUAUUGGUACUGUUAUUGCCAGUCUCAUUCAGAAAGUUACGUAUAAAUCAAAGCGAUUAAUCUAUGACUUGCGGACAAUUGCGGAGGUUGAAGGAUCAGGAGUAAAAUCUUGGAAACAAGCUGAGUGGAAGGAGCAGAUCAUCGUGCCAGCCUUACCUCAGUCAUCUCUACAUGGUUGCAAUUUAAUACAAAUAGACUAUUUCAUUCAGGUUUAUAUCCGAUCACCAGAGAUUUUAGUCAGUUUACCGAUUUAUAUUGGAAAUAUUGCAGUGAACAGUCCCCCACUGACUCCAUCUAGGCAACCCCAACCUACUCAAACCACAGUGAUCCCCACAGCUCCCCCAGCUGAAGAUAUUGGGGCUACUGGUUAUCAGCCUAUGGACAGUGUCAUUCUUCCAACAAAAAGCCACUCUCAGCAGCAGACUUUAUCACCUCAUACUUUUAACUACGCACCUGGCUUUGAAAGCAAUACGAGUGAGCAACUUCCUGGCCCCAUGCUUUGUAUUUCAACUGGUGCUACAGUCCCUUACUAUGCAGAUGGACCUGUUGUUGCAGAUCUUAGUGAAAAUCCUCUGAUUUUACCUCCAGAAUAUAGCUCAUGGGCUUAUCCAUAUGAUCCUCCCCCAACAUAUGAAGAGAGUUGUAGCAGUGCUAACUCCAGCAUGAGUGCAGGACAGUAAUCUACAAACUUUCAAGAGAUAGCACUGUUCAUGUACAGAAAUGCCUUUGUUACGUUUUACUGGGAAACAGCCAAACUUUACAUAUGCAGCACUGCAAAUAUGUUCUGAGAUUGAAGAAGCUGAAAUGUUAUUGAAAUGCAUUAUCAAGGACUACAGCUACUUCUGCAGCUUGGAAUGGUCUGCAUAGACUACCUAUUUACUGCUCCCAUGCUGGACUACAUUAAUUGUGUUCACUUUCCUUCUUGAUCCUUAGUUUUGGGAUAACGAACACUGAUAGGUAUAAAUGUUAAAUGCCUCCAGCUUUGUGUGUAUAAAUAAUAAAUGCUGUUAUACUCUUCUUAAACAGCCCCACCCUAUUGUGAAUUGAGACUGUUUCUGUAAUCGGCCUUGUUUCUGUGGAGCAAAGUGGAGGAAGCUUUAUUUGGGAAGCUUUGGGCCUUAAGAACCAAGGUGCAUUGACAGUGUUCCUUAAUACUGAUUGUUAAGGUAGAAAGGUCCUGUUAUAGGUGGGCUUUGUGCAUUAGAAAAUCAAUCCCAAUUCUAAUCGAGCUUGAGCCCUCUCGUUAGUACUUAAUUUGUGUAGUAGUCACAUGGAUCACAGGCUAUAUGGCCAAGUUUCAGUAUGAUGACCUUUUUAAAGAACCAAUACUUCCCAAAACAGGUUAGGGGUCCUAUCACUUUGAAGUGUUAUGUUGCACACUUUUCUAUAAUAUGUUGUUUCACAAGAAAAAAGAGAUGUUUAUAUAUGCAGUAUUUAUAAAUUUUAGUAUGUUUUAGUAAAGUUGUGGCAUGCUCUUUGAAUAAGCACAGAAAAAUGACAAGUUUGAAAUCCUGCAUGUUUAUUUCAUAUUUACAACUUGAGCCUUAUUGAAGUCAGAUCAAAGCCGAACCACUCACUGGAACGAUCACUUAACAUAAUGCAAUUUUCUACUACUGUAUUUGAUAACAUUCAGGAUUAAAACUUUGUGCAAAGUUUAAAGAGGUGCUGAAAAACAUUGUUUAACCUCCAUAAGCACAGCUUUAGUAUGGAAGGGUACUUGAAUGGCAAACUGAAGGCUUCUGCAGCAUGUGAACUCUUAGAGGUAGAUGGUUUCUCUGGAAUUAACAGCCUAUGGUUUUAGAUGCUGAAGAAUUGGACAGUGCACAUAGAUCAGAAUCCCAGUAACAAAUCAAACUAAUAUUUCACAAUAUAUUAAAUUUGAUUUUGCACAUUAACUCUUAAUGAAGGCAAUUCCUAUCCAAGCUCUUGAUGAGCCCACGUGCUGCCAAGAGUACUUGCUACCGCUGCUUUUCUUAAUGGAGGCAGAAGCUUCCAUCUGUGCUCUGAAUGACUUGUUUACAAAAGCAUUAAGGUUUAUGAAGGGAGUGAAUGGGGCAUAGGCACGGGAGAAAUUUUGACUGACAGGCCUAGUAGAAAUUAUUGGCACUCUUUUAUUUUUGGAGUGGAUGGAAGUAGGGUGAUGAGCUGGAUCCAAAACCUAUCUGUUUAUUUGCCUAGCGCCAUGUUGCCCUCUUGGUGAGCUUAGUUCAAGGUUUACAAUAUCACUAGGUUCUUUAAAAAAAAAUGAAGCAAAAUACAUCAAGCCUGCGAUUUGUAUUAACAUCUAAACAAUUGGUGAUGCUAGUGGUCAAGCUUGCCCUCAUACUGCUGCUAUUCAUGUGUAUUUGAAUUUUAUUCUGGAAACAGUUUGUUAGGACUGUUCGCUGAAGUGCAGUUUCAUUUGGGUGGAUAAAGAAUGAAGCUGGAACAAAGCUUAUUUUAACUUAAAUAUUAUGAGAUGUAAUUUUAAAUUGAUUUGCUUACAUUUGUAAAAAGAAAAAUGAAUGAAGGGAAUUAUAUGGUAAGAUUUUUUUAUUUGAGGAUUUUUUUUUUACUUUUUAUCCCAUAAGUUCCAACUCUCCUGACCUCGUUAUUAUGGGCUUUUGUUCCGUUGUGUGUAUAUAUUCUCCUAUCUAUAUUCAUUUUUUUAAACUGAGUGCAAUUAGACUAAAUGCAUGCUUGUUCAGUACAUGGAUCAGUUGGAAAUUUUGCAAUUUUGAUGAAUUCAAUGGAAAUAAUUGAGAUCUGUGGAACAAUUUUUACCCAACUGAUUCCUCAUCCCCAAAGUUAUUAUGAUAUUUACUUAAUGAAAUCUUUAAUGUAGCAACAAGCAAUGCUUUCACAUUUAGUGGAAUGAUCCAAUGCUUUAACAGUGGGCCUUUUUCAAUAAUUCUUCAUGGCUUGGGCAAUAUUUCAGAAGAUGCAUCUGACUGCUAUUUUGUGAAUUGCCUACCUUGUGUAUUGCACUAAUGUGGGCACUGCAACCUGAUUAGAAUGGGCAUUAUGGGAGUGAGCACAUGGGUGGCCCAGUGCACCCUACCGUGGAGUAACUGGAUGUAAAUUUGUGGUCAGCAUUUGAGCUUGCAAGUUGUUUAGAUCAAUAGCUGGCUAGUCUGUACCCCACAGGUCAGGAAAGCAAAUUGGCUGUGGGGUGUGCAGCAAAGUCUUAUGCACUUUCUACUAUCUAGCUAUCAAGCCAUAUUGGCUAAUGAUUGAAUGCAGGUUAACUUGUCUGUACUUGACUAGGGAUGGUGCGCACCAUGAGAGACCCAAGAACAAAUAAAGAGAGGAUGAUAAGGCCUCUGUAUUGAUACAAGUUGAAUGGACUGGUGUCACUGGCCAUUUAACAGAGGUAGUUGUUUUGUGCUAUUUUAAUUAUUUUUUGCAAUGGAGAAAUGAUCACCUGGUGGUUACUUUCUGCUCAGCUGAUCUAAUAUAACUGCAAAACAGUAAGUCUAAUUUUUUAAUGCAUAUUUUAUUUGCAAAACUCAGGACUUGUAGAUCUUAAACUGUAGAAAGUGAAAUAUGCAGAAUUCCACUUGCCCUGUUCUUGACUAGCUUAAGGAACUAAACUAUUGUGUGUUUGCUGUGAUGAGUAAACUGUUUCAGGCGUAUAUGUGAGUACAUGGUUUGAAGGUUCCAGGGAAAAAAGGGUCACAUUUAGUAAAUGUAGCUGAUCUAGAGUGAAGCAUUUUUCAUUUUAAAUUGUAACAAUUAAUUUAUCUCUAAAGACCAAGAGUGUUUAAAUAUGUCAAAGUGCUUAGACGUUUUGUAACUGUAACAUCCCUCUAGUCUCUGUUUUGUCUCGAACCUUGAGAGAAAAUGUGAACUGUUCUGCAGAAUCAUAUUUUCUGAAAUGCCUUCGAACUAAUUAUUUGUGCUCAACUUGAUUUAAGAAUAUUGUCCAGGGUACAUUGGGUAAUAAAGAAUACAGCAAAGAGAGAGAAAUUGUAAGAAUUCUGCAAUGUGAAAGAGUAGAUUUUCUUUAGCGUCAGACUUAAAAACUUGGCAGGACAGAGGCCUUAUCACAAAACUGGAUAUCAGCUUAUCACUCUUCUCCACCAUUAAAAUAGUCAUGAGCAGUUUGUACCCAAUUCGGGUGUUCCAUCAUGCAAAGCUAUUACAUUCUGGCAUUGAAGAGGAAAAUCUACCCUUGUGUAAAUGCUGUUUCCCUCGAUCGGUUUUCAGCUGCAGAAUGGUGUGUGCAUUAAUCCCAUUUCCUUCAGCUUUCCGGCUUCCUUGAUGUUUUAAAUUUAAAAUAACAUCCUGCUUUGAGUAGGAAGAAGUGAAGUAGCUCUGAGGAUGAUGCAUUUCACAGCCAAAAAGUCAGAGGGUCUUUGCUUGUACAAAGUUUGUGAUGCUAAAGAAUAGUUGAUAUUUGCACCAGUCAUUUAAAAGGGAGAAAAUUGUAUCCUAUAACUCCAAACUGUUUUACUGCACUCCAGUAUCUAUCAGAGGGAAUAUUAUUUAAAAUUUUAACCAAUUAUCAGUAUUGUGUGCCUUUUUGUAUAACUUCGGACGCUAAAAGUUAAUAAAUCACCUUAACAGGAGCACUCCACUCAUGCUCAUUUUGUCUCAUUAAGAGCUACAAAUCCAGCGAGGAUUCUAAUAAAUGUACAUUUUGUCAAAUACAUAUAUUUAAUUCUGUAUGUUUGACAUUGUUACAACUAGCGAAAUAAUUUCUGCUCUUCCCAGUAUCUUCACUCCUGUUAUGACAUUAACUUUGAGGGCCCUUAAUCAUGAAUUUUAAACUUGCUGAAUUAAGUCUUAUCAAUUAUUGUCUUAUGCACUGGAGCAAAUUAUUGCCUUACAAACAUAAUGUUGUAUGGUUCUACUUACUGGACUAACUAUUUAAAUCAUGCAACUGUUUUACUUUGCUACUCUAUUUAAAAUCAGUGUGAAUAUCAAUCAAUUUUACAAUAUGUUCCUCACUGAAAUUAACAGCUAUUUACCUUUUCUGAAUCAAGGGUUUGUACUGGAUGUAUGUUUUGAAAUAUAUGCUCACUUUGAAAAGUGCAUUUUCUUGGAAAUAGAAAAAAGAGCAAAUAUUAUGCCAAAAAAUAUUCACGCCCAUCCAUCGACAAUACCAGUACUUCUGAGUAGAGGCUGCCCUCCUAAAAUUACUUCUGUCAGUGUUGGUGUGAAUCAAUAAAAUAAUACCAAAAAAUACCACAUUUUUAAAACUGUUUAACAUGCUAUGGUUUGUAUAUAAUAGCAUUUCCUAAGUUCUACUGAAUUUUGUGAUUUGCUCUUUUACUUAAGAGCAUCCUGUGAGUACUGAGGAUUUUAGAUUUCUAAUACCAAAUUUCAUAGAAGACAUCAUUACUCUUGAUAUAAAAGAGCCUUAAUGUCAUCAGUUGUUCUGAAGUAAAAAUACUGUUCUUGUAUACUUUGCACAAGCAGUUUUUGGAAGGUACAGAGACCUGAAUUGCAGUUGUCAUUUAACAUCUGUUUCAGAUCACAACAGUAACAAGUCUUGAGCAUCAGUGUGUCCCAAUUAUUUGUUUAAUUGGAUUUUUUUCCUACUCCCCCACCCCACAGCAACCAAAUAUUUCAUUUUUCACGAUCCAUGAAUCACUUUUUUGUGUGUACUAAGGGGCGGGGCAGCAACUGCAGAGGCUCAAAAUGUUUUGAAAAUCUGGUAAUUAAUUCCCUCAGUACUCUCAAGUGCUUAGCACUAUUUCUUUUUGAAAAUAAAUAUUGAGAAUGAAUCUUUCUGACUGUGGAUUUUAAGUGUUUAGUUGUAUUAUUAGCUGUAUAACAGUGAUUUAUGCUGUAUUUAGAAGAAAAAUGGCUUUAAACAGUACAGCUGCACACUUUUCGUUUGCGACCGUGUGUUUUCGUCUUUUUCAUGUAGAAAUUACUCUUUAAGUUUUUCAUAGAAUGCAUUGUUUUUCUGAAAUGUUUUUAUACUGUUGAUUUAUUAAUGCACCUUAGUGAUUUAAAAUUUCAUGUAAUUAUUUGAAAUCGAGUAGUCAAGCACCGUAUUAAUAAAGUUUUCUUUCAAAGAAA